GGGGCAGGAGGUGGGGCUGAUGGAGAGGCAGGGGGAGAUGGGGCUGGAGGUGCUAUCCCUCACCUACUGCCCAGUGCCUCUCCUUUCACCUGCAGCCAUGGCUUGCCACCUUGUGAGCCAGGACGGGAAGCACGACCCCGUGCCCCUGCCUAACGGCAUUGCCGUGGUGCUGGGCCGUGGCCCCGAGACCCGUGUGGCCGACAAGAAGUGCUCCCGGAAGCAAGUGGAGCUGCUGGCUGACUACAAACAGCAGGCAGUGAGAGUCACUCAGCUGGGUGUAAAUCCCACCUCAGUGGACAACCAGGAGCUGGGGCAGGGCAAGAGCGCCACCCUGAGGGAGGGGCAGACACUGUGGCUGGUAAACCGCAGCUACCCCCAUGGCCUGCGCUUCCUGGCCCUGGCCCACUCCCCCCGCAAGACCCUGCUGGACUUCUUCAGCUCCAAGCGCCAGCCCCAGCUAGAGGGGGACAAAGAUGAGGAUGAGGAGCAUCCCCACAAGAGACUGAAGGCUCCCAGCCCCUCUGAGGAGGAUGAGGAGGAGGAUGAUAUUGUAGCCACCAAACUGCGUCAGCUGCAGGACACAGCUGCCCAGGCCCAGGGAGCAAAGAGUGGGGCUGCCCCCCAACCUUUGGGGGGGUCCUGGAGCCUGCCUCCCCACCCCCAGGACUCCUGGGAGCAACACAGCAAGCUGCUGGUAUUCACUAAGGAGGGUGUCAUGCCCAGCACCAAGGUCGCUGGGUUUGACCUGGAUGGAACCAUCAUCACCACUCAGUCAGGAAAGGUUUUCCCUACCAGUCCGGAUGACUGGAGGAUCCUGUACCCUGAGGUCCCCCAGAAGCUGAAGCAACUGCAGAGAGAAGGCUAUAAGAUCAUCAUCUUCACCAACCAGCUGGGGAUCAGCCGAGGCCGCCUGCGCCCCGAAGUCUUCAAGGCCAAAGCAGAGGCAGUGGUGGGGCAGCUGGGGCUGCCCAUACAGGUGCUGGUUGCCACUGGUACUGGGAUCUACCGGAAGCCUGUGCUGGGCAUGUGGGACCAUCUGUGCCAAAAGGCAAACGGGGGCCUGUCUGUAUCCAUACAGCACAGCCUGUAUGUGGGAGAUGCAGCUGGACGCCCCCCAAACUGGGCCCCUGGGCACAAGAAGAAGGAUUUCUCCUGCAGUGACCGCCUGUUUGCCCUGAAUGCAGCACUGCCAUUCCAUACCCCUGAGGAGUUCUUCCUGGGUUGGGCACCUGCCCCCUUCCAGCUGCCUGCCUUCGACCCGCGGCACCUGGAUCCUGAUGGGCCCCUUUAUGACCCACCCAACGCCCUCCUGGUAUGGCCUACGCCCGAGCUGGUGGUGGCUGUUGGCUUCCCUGCAGCUGGCAAGUCAACCUUCCUGAAACGUCACCUAGUGCCUGCUGGCUAUGCGUACGCCAACCGGGAUACACUGGGCUCCUGGCAGAAGUGUUUGGCAGCCUGCACAGCAGCACUGCGCCAGGGCAAGAGCGCAGCCGUGGACAACACCAACCCAGACCUGGAGUCACGUCGCAGGUACAUUGAAUGUGCCCAGGAUGCCGGGGUUCCCUGCCGCUGCUUCCUCUUCAUGGCCACCUUGGAGCAGGCCAAACACAACAACAGGUUCCGGGACAUGACAGAAACAGGGCAUGUCUCUGUCACCGAUGUUGUCCUCAACACCUACAAGAGCAAGUUCGUGGCGCCAGCACUGAGCGAGGGCUUCUCCCAGAUCCUGCAGGUGCACUUUGUACCGCGUUUCCCUGAUGCCCGCCUGGCUGCACUGUACCGCCAGUUCUCUGACGGCUGAGCCCCAACCUGGCCUGGCUUGCCUUGCCCUGCCCUGCCCCCGCAUUGACCCCUAUCCCUGAUCCAGUGUCCCCUGCUGGUCAGGAUGGCACUGUGCCACAGCUGGGGGCUUUUACUGUUUAAGACGCUAAUAAAGAGAUACAAGAGACCUCGGCCUUGGU